AUUUUAAAAAGUUAUUCGUGGCUAGUCUUCGUUGCGAAAGGGCGUGUGUAUAGUUUUAAAAAAUGAAGUCGCUAGUUAUAUUCUUUGCCAGUUUACUGGCGAUUUAUUCUGUAAAUUGUGAAGUGUUCUUCGAAGAAAAGUUCCCAGACGAUUCAUGGGAAUCGGAAUGGGUGUACAGCGAGCAUCCCGGCAAGGAGUUCGGCAAGUUCAAGCUGACAGCUGGAAAGUUCUACAACGACCCGGAGGAAGAUAAAGGUCUGCAGACUUCAGAGGAUGCCAGGUUUUACGCGUUGUCGCGCAAGUUUAAGCCUUUCUCCAACGAAGGCAAGCCCCUAGUCGUGCAGUUCUCCGUGAAACAUGAGCAGGACAUCGACUGCGGAGGUGGUUACCUGAAAGUGUUCGACUGUAAGCUGGACCAGAAGGACAUGCACGGAGAGAGCCCCUACGAGAUUAUGUUUGGCCCCGACAUCUGCGGACCCGGCACCAAGAAGGUCCAUGUCAUCUUUAGCUACAAGGGCAAGAACCACCUCAUCAAGAAGGAUAUCCGCUGCAAGGACGAUGUAUACACUCAUUUGUACACCUUGAUUGUGAAGCCCGACAAUACAUAUGAGGUGCUCAUUGACAAUGAGAAGGUGGAAUCCGGAGAUCUUGAAGCGGACUGGGAUUUCCUUCCUCCUAAGAAGAUCAAGGACCCUGAAGCCAAGAAACCAGAGGACUGGGACGACAAGCCCACCAUCCCCGACCCUGAUGACACCAAACCCGAGGACUGGGACAAACCUGAGCACAUUCCCGACCCUGAUGCCACUAAGCCUGAAGAUUGGGAUGACGAGAUGGACGGUGAAUGGGAGCCACCCAUGAUCGACAACCCUGAAUACAAGGGUGUUUGGGCACCCAAGCAGAUCGACAACCCGGCUUACAAGGGACCAUGGAUCCACCCUGAAAUUGACAACCCCGAGUACACUCCUGAUGACAAACUAUACAAGCGUGAUGAGCUCUGUGCGGUCGGUCUCGAUCUGUGGCAAGUGAAGUCCGGAACCAUCUUCGACAACUUCCUGAUCACCGAUGACUUGGAAGCCGCUAAGGAGAGGGGAGAGGCCCUGAAGAAGACCCUAGAAGGUGAAAAGAAGAUGAAGGCCGAACAGGAUGAGGCUGAGAGAGAGAAGGAGAAGGCGGAGAAGCCUGAUGAGGAGGAUGAUGAUGAGGAUCUUGAUGAUGAGGCUGGGGAAGCUGCGCCUGUGGAGGAGCAUGAUGAGCUAUAAGCACAUGUGAUAAAGACUGUGUGAAUGUGUGAGUGAGAAGGAACACGGGUUGUUCCGGAGGACUAAGUGUAAUGUCUACGCUAGCACUGUGUGACUCGAAUUUUAUACUUGGACGUUUUGUACGGUGAUUGUGUUGUAUAUAUGGUAGACCUCAUUAUUUAAACGACACUGUGUGUCGUCGGGUGUGUGUGUGUGUCACACGUGCAGAUGUGAAUUUGUUGAAGCCUAAGUUUUUUACAUCCAUGUUGUAUGUAUAUCAGUUUACAUUGUGCAAUGAGUCUGAUUAAAUUAAUUAAUAUAU